AUGGAUUCAACCGAGCAGAUCUACGCCCAAGUCCGGGAGCACUACAGCAGUGCCUCUCGAACGGCGGCCCCAAAGUACGGAGAGAGUGUGGCCAAGUCAUUCGGAUACAGCGAGGACGAGUUAUCCAACAUCCCCGAAGACGCCAACCUGGGUCUCAGUUGCGGCAAUCCACUUGCCAUUACCAGCCUCAAAGAGGGUGAGACGGUCAUCGACCUAGGCAGCGGUGCGGGCUUCGACAUCUUCCUCGCCUCGACAAAGAUUGGUUCCAGUGGAAGAGCCAUUGGCGUAGACAUCAAUGAUGUCCGUUCUUAUCCGGCAACUUCCGCGUUCUCUCAACACACCGCUGACAAGGUUGCUAGGAAAUGCUCGCCCGCGCCGAAAAGAUCAAGGCCUCCCGCGGCAGCUCGGUUUCCAACGUCACCUUCAUCAAAGGCAAUAUCACCUCUGUCCCUCUCCCAGACGGUUGCCGUGUCGGACAUUCUUGCCAAGAAGCCCCUGCCGGAUCAGCUGAGAAAGGAUAUUGCCAUGUACGUUGGAUGUAUUGCCGGUGCCGCCGAGGUUGCCGACUAUCAGAACUGGUUCAGGGAGGCGGGGUUCAAAGACUCGGUCAUCACGGAUACACAGGCCGAUCUGAAUGUCUAUUUGGACACCAAAGAGGAUGGGACCAAAAAGUCUGGGGAUUGUUGUGGACCUGUUGCCGCUGUUUCUGCUUGCGAUGGUGGGGAUGAGGCCAAGAAAGCGACGCCAUCUUGUUCUUCUGCCACUACCGAUAGCAGUGAUGUGGGGAGGACAGAUCUCAAUGAGUUCGUUGGUAAGUUAGCAUUUUUGCGUAUAGAGGAGACCAGAGCACGGUAG